AUCAAACCAAAGUUAAGCUUGCAUCUUCAUUAAAGCUCUUUGUCUUCUAACAAUCUUAAAAAGCCUUUAAAAUGGCGUCUCAACACAUCCGUUCUUUGAGUUUUCCUUCAAAAUCUCACCCAAUUGCGGAUCAAUUGGAUGAGCAAUUGUGCAGAUUGAGGUCUUCUCAAGCUGCAUCUACUUCAUCACUAACUAACAAACUUAGCGGUCUUAAAGAUUUGUAUCAGUGUGUCGAUGAGUUUCUUCAACUUCCCCUUAAUCAAAAAAGUCUAAGCGAAAAUUGGGUUGAGGAAGUAUUGGAUGGAUCUCUAAGGAUCCUUGACAUUUGUUCCACAUCUCGGGAUGUCUUGGUACAAUCCAAAGAGCGACUCCAGGACAUACAAUCAGUCCACCGGAGAAGGUGUAGUGGUGAACUUAACAUUACCAAUGAAGUCGUUGAAUACCUCAACACUCGAAAAACAGCCAAGAAAACAGUCAAGAAGUGCUUGAAAGACAUCAAGGAAAAUGACAACACUAACGAGGCCAAUUUCAUCGAAAACAUGCUGAAAGAUGUGCAAUCUGUAACAGAUGAUGUCUUCAAGUCACUGUUGUCCUACAUCAGUGGAUCACAGAAAAAUUGCUGGUCUUUCUCAAAGUUAGUCCGCCAAAGAGUUGAGAAGGAAACAUCAGCAUUCGUCAGUGAAUUUGAUGCUGUCGAUGCUACUCUCGAGUUAAUGAUCUGCCAGAAGAAGAAAGUUCAUGUUGAUAUGUCACAAGUAGUGAACUUAGAGUCACAAAUCCAAGAAAUCGAAGGAGUUUUGGAAUGCUUGUUCAGGCAUCUAAUUAAAACCAGAGCAAUUCUUCUUAAUGUCCUUAGUAAUUAA